AAAGAAAGUCGUCGAAAGAUCUCUUAAACAAUAUGUUACACCUGUGAAAGAUGAGUAAGUAGUCUUACUUUCUAUUAUUGAAAAAUUAUUAAAUUGCAAAAUUUUAGGCGAAACACUGAGAUAGUUGGCAUUAAAGCAAGUUCAUUGAUGAUAAAACCCAAGCGUUUGUCCGAAGAAUUGUCGAAUAAACGUUCUACAAGCACAGAGGAGUUAUAUAAGAAAUUUCGCGAUUUAACAUUGUAUGAUCAAUAUACCCUGCUGAGUGACUUACUACAGUUCUUCGCACAGAGUGCUUAUAUAGAUCAAAUUCAAAUUUUAACAUUAUGUCCAGAAAGUUGGGGUCGUUUGAAAGUUGCAAAAUUUUUGGAUGCCACUGAUACACAAGCACGAAAUGCAAUUGAGUUACGUGUGACUAAAGGAAUCUUGGCACGUCCAGAAUAUUGUCGCGGAAACCAACUUAUUGAAGUUGAUACGGUGAAUCAAGUCAUUGAUUACUAUUCGUUGGACUCAGUGAGCAGAGCCUCACCAAAUAAGCGAGACACUUUACUAAUCCGUUUCGGUGACGCAAAAGAUAAAAUUCGCGUGGCUGUUAGAUUUCUAACAUGUACAGUUGGUGACGCCUAUGAAAAAUUUCGGCAAGAUUAUCCAGGUUUUGAAAUUAGACGUUCAAAGUUCCACAGCCUCAGACCAAAAUAUGUAAAGAAGACCUCACAUUUAGCUUGUGUGAGUCGUAGUUGUAAAAAGUGUGAUGAUAUAUUGGGAAGCAGGGUUGCCAGAACUGGCGACUCAUGGGGGACGGAACAAAGAAAUUGUCAUGGUGAUCCUUUCUUCCGUCCCCCAUGA